AUGCAAGUGCUUACACUUGCUAUAGUGUUCAUCACUUUAUUACCCUGUGAGCAGCAAAACACAAAAAUGAAACGUGCUGUGGAUGCCGACUACCGACAGACAAUGCUUGUUCGCGCUGAUAGUAUCCGAAUCAGUCUACCCAACGCGGCUCAAGAGGUUUUCAAUCGCAUGAAUGUAAUCGACUGGAUACGCAAUCAGAACUUUGAUAUUGCGGUUACUAGUGGUGUCACCUGUUUCCAACCUUUACUGCGCAUGGCUGGCAUUCCGCGAUCGGUCAUCGUUACCUCUAGCGAGCCGCUACCAUGGCUCAUAACAACAAUGGGAAUGCCUAUUUCUGAGAAUCCCAUCAUCAAGAAAAUGUCCUACGUACAGCGCGCUAAAAACGUUAUAUCAAGUACGAUAGCAGAUGCGAUACUGCAGCAUAAACUGUUUGAUCCUCUGGAUGAACUGGGAAAAAGGAUUGUUGGCAAUAGAUACACCCCUUUGAAGGAUGCAGUCGGUCAAACAUCAUUCCUCUUAGUCAACAAUGAAAAAUCACUUGACUUUCCUCGUCCGAUUACCUCACAGUGGACAGAACUCAUCUUCGCAGACGUAUUCUCCGAAACUCCCGACACUACCUUCAUUUGGCAAUCUGACCAACUAGUCUCAUCCAACCAGUCCAACGUUGUUUCGGUACAAGAUGUUCCCGAAAUAGACUUACUUGCCGAUCCUCGCGUAUCUGCAGUUAUCACAGAUGGCCACGGAAAUCUAUUGCAUGAUGCCAUAUCCAGUGGCAAACCUGUGCGUUACGUGGUUUGCAUCCCAUCUGACCAAGAGCAACUGCGGAACUGCCAUCAGCUUGAGAAAAAGGGAGCAGCUCUCGUGAAAGCAUGCUGGGAAGUCAAACCCAGACAUAUUAAGGAUAUGAUGAAACAAGCCUUGAAAACAGAAACCCAUAGCUCCGCUAGAUUGGUUUCGGAAGCGAUUGCGUCUGAACCAAUCAAGGCGCAGGAGCGCCUAGCUCGUACAAUUGAGUCUCCUCACUGCCUGGAUUAUGCAAACUUUGUGGGAUAA